CAGACAUACAGAUAUGCAGCAUUUCUCUCUGAUUGAUCUCAGAAUAAGUGCAGUGUGAAGGCUCUCACAGCACGAUGUCUGAAAGAGGUGGAGAGGAGAGAACAACAAUGUCCGUGAUGAAGAUCAAAAGGAGUACAGUGGCUGAGGGCCGUCUGGAGGUUCUGCAGAUCUACAAGCUCCUGCAGUUAGUACAGGAGGGAAAUAAAGGUGAAGUGGAGAAGAUGGUGCGUCUCGGCGUACCGAACCUGAUCAAUCUGACAGAACCAAAAGAAGGAACCGGUGUCCUUCACCUGACCUCCAUCUCCAACGACCUGGACAUAGCUGAGAUCCUUCUGUCUCUGGGAGCUCACCCCGAUGUCCAGGAUAAGAGAGGACGCACUCCAGUGAUACUCGCCGCAGAACUUGGCCAUGACGCUAUGCUGGCCCUCCUGGCAAAGAACCACGCCGACAUGAAGCUGGUGGAUAAUGAGGGGAAAGGAGUGCUCUUUUAUUGCAUCUCUCCAUCAAAGAGGCACACACACUGUCUGCAGGUGGCGCUCAACAACAAGGCGGACGCCAACAAUGUGUCGAGCGCAGGGAAACCAGUGUUUCUGCUGGCCUGUGAACACGCCAAGGAGUGUGAGAACAUCUGCAUGAGGAUUUUGGAGAGUGGAGCCGAUCCUAAUGCCACUGAUCAGGUAACAGGGCGGACAGCUCUGAUGGAAGCGGCGAGGGCCGGCUCAGUGGUGUUAGUGAGAAACAUCCUGCAGAGAGGAGGAAACCCGAACACAGAGGAUAAACAACACCAGAAUGCCGCUCAGCUUGCUGCAGCCGGAGGAUUCUUCCAGGUGUUGCGGGUGUUGUCAGCAUAUCAGGCUGAUUUCUGUGCAGUGGGUGUAGAGGGAAACUCAGCUCUGCAUCUGUCUGCAGCUGGAGGUCACACCGAGUGCUGCAGGUUCCUGGCACAGAGAGGAUGCAACCCGAAGCUGAAGAACAUUAACGGUUUGGUUCCACGUCAGAUCGCAAAAGCACAUGGCCACAAGGCGGUGCUGAAGGAGCUGCAAAAGGCAGAGCGAGUGUUUACAAAGUUCUCCAAACCUGGCACGCUUAAUCCCAACGAGCUCUGGGCUCUCACUCUGCACGACUGGUCAUGUGAACAUGAAGAAGCCCUGAGGAACGCCUUCCAGCUCACAGAGGAGACCGGCGCACCCGUGGAGAAGGUCUCGAGGGAGAAGUUUGCAAAUGUCCUUCAGGAGCAUCACGCACCUGUGGAUGAGGAACAUCUGCAGAAGAUCAUAGCUGACCAUGACAAGAAGUAUGAAGGUGUGAUUAACAUUAACGACUUCUUUAAAGGACUGCAGUACCUUCAAAAAGCAUUCGUCCUGUCGUCCUAUGAGCCAAAGGUGAAGAAGAAAAAAGGUGGGAAAGGCAGAAAGGUUGGGCAAGGGAAGAUGAAGAAAGGGAAGUCAGUGGUUCCUCUGCCUAUCUGCACACUUCCUCUGGACAUCAUGGAUAAAAGACCUGAUGGAGGGCCGCAGUUCAUGAUUGAGACUUAUCAGCCGUUCACUGACACCAAGCGAUUUGACCAUGACCGUCCGCCUUCUCACCCAGUGGAGGACGACUCGGCCUGGUAUGUGGAUGAGCCGCACAAGAUCUACACCAACAUCAACCGUUGUGUGCGAACCGGAGACUUCGAGUCGCUGUGUUUAGCGUUCAGUCAGCGUGUCCCUGUGGACAUCAGAGACCGCUUCUACAAAACACCACUCAUGGCUGCGUGCAGCAGCGGGAGCUAUGAGAUGGCCGAGUUUCUCAUCACACUUGGGGCGGAUGUGAAUGCAUCCGAUCAGUUUAAGUGGACUCCUCUUCAUCACGCCUGUCAUGCUGGACAGCAGGACAUCAUUAAGCUGUUAGUGAAACAUGGAGCUGUGGUGGACGCCGUGGCUUUAAAUGGAGCAACGCCCCUAAUGAAGGCCAUCGAGAGCUGCAGGCUCACCUGUGUACGUCAGCUCAUCAUGUCCAACGCUAACGUACAGGCCACAAACAACAAGGGACAGAGCUGUGUGGACCUGGCCAGUGUGUAUGGAGACCAGAGAAUCGUUGAUUUGGUCAAAACCAAGUUCGACAGCCUUCCCAAGUGCAAAGAGAAUAAAAAAGGAAAAAGGGGAAAAGUGGGAGCGGCAGCUCAGAAAGCAGCGCCUCCUACAGGAGAGACAAAGAAACUUACAGAGAGAGAGGUUCAAGCUGUAUUACCAGACCUAAAAGAGAAAAGAGAGAAUCUGAAGGAACACAUUAUUACAGUAAACCAGCACGUUACAGUCACCACCAACACACACGACAUUCAUUUUACACCCAAGACGGUGUGGGGGAAGAGGUUAGCAUCGUCUGCUCAUCACGUGGAGCGGCGAGUGGAGAGGAGGAAUCGUCUCUCAUAUGAAGUGGACUUCAGUGACUUUGUGAUGCCAUUUAAUAAAAACCUGAUGAGGAAGCUGAGGGAAGUGGGCGUGGCUAAUGAUGAGUAAAAGAAGGAAA